CCUCGUCUGGCACAGCGUGAGCAAAAUUUUACUGAGUGUAUAUCUUGGAGUCAGGUUUCUAUUCACAGUUAUCUAACGAUGAAGUGUCACUAUGAGGUAUUGGGUGUGAAACGAGACGCGGGAGACGACGAUUUGAAGAGAGCUUAUCGUAAAUUAGCAUUGAAAUGGCACCCAGAUAAAAACUUGGACAAUGCUGAGGAGGCGGCGGAGCAGUUCAAGCUGAUUCAGGCAGCUUAUGACGUCCUGAGUGAUCCACAGGAGAGAGCGUGGUACGACAAUCACAGGGAUGCUCUGCUGAAAGGAGGACUGAGUGGAGACUAUGAAGAUGACAGCAUUGACCUGCUGCAGUACUUCACAGUCACCUGUUAUUCUGGCUAUGGGGAUGACGAGAAGGGUUUUUACGCAGUUUACAGGAAUCUCUUUGAGUCCAUUGUUAAGGAAGAGAUGGAGCACGGCAGGGGGGAAGAUGAGGAAGAGGAGGACGAGUUUCCGCCCUUUGGAGACUCUCAGAGUGACUAUGAUACCGUAGUGCACGUGUUUUAUGGCUACUGGCAGAGCUUUUGCACUCGUAAAAACUUUGCCUGGAAAGAGGAGUAUGAUACGAGGCAGGCCUCCAACCGCUGGGAAAAAAGGGCCAUGGAGAAGGAGAACAGGAAGACCAGAGACAAGGCUCGAAAGGAGCGCAACGAGCUGGUCCGACAACUAGUUGCUUUUGUUCGCAAGCGUGACCGACGUGUGCAGGCCCACAGGAAGCUGGUGGAGGAGCAGAACGCUGAAAAGAUCAAGAAGGUGGAGGAGCUGAGGCGAAAGCAGAAGCUCAGCCAGGCCAAACUGGCAGAGGAGUACAAGGAGCAGAGCUGGGCGGCCAUGUCUGAACUUGAGAAGGAGCUGCGGCAAAUGGAGGCUCAGUACGGAGAGGAGUUCGGAGAUGCAUCAGAGAGUGAGGGAGAAGAGCAGGAUAUGGACACACGGGAGAAGAACAGCGAAGAAGGAGGAGAUGCAGACCAGCCUGAUGGAGAUGAACUGACAAUUGACUAUUAUGAUGACCUGUACUGCCCCGCCUGUGACAAAUCAUUCAAGUCAGAUAAAGCUAUGAAAAACCAUGAAAAGUCCAAAAAGCACCGGGAGAUGGUGGCAUUGCUACGGCAACAGCUGGAGGAGGAAGAGGAUUCACUUGGUUUGAAUCAGGAUGAAAAGGAGGGAAGAAAAGAGGAAAAUGAGCAAGAAGAGGAGGAGGAAGAAGUUGAGGAGGAGGAGGAAAAGCCAAGGCAAAAGUUGUCCAAAAAACAAAAGAGGAAAAAGAAAAAGCAGGAAGUAGUACAUAGCGCUCCGCAGGAGGAAAAGGAGGAGAAACCAACACUGACCACCUGUGAGGAAGAUGCCCCCGAGGGGGCAGGAGAUCCCACAGAUCCUGAGAAGCAGGAUGAUCUCCCUCCCACCGAAGUCAAGAGCUCUGGGAAGACGAAGGGAAAGAAGGGAGGAAAAGACAAACUGAAGAAUGUCAAGUCAAACACAGGAGGAGAAGAGUUUCCUGAGAAGGAAGUAAACCUCCGCUGUGUGACCUGUAACAACGAGUUCUCCACAAGAAACAAGUUGUUUGACCAUCUGAAGACCAGCGGUCACGCCACCGCUCUCUCCUCAAACGCUUCUCACAGCUCCAUGGGCAAGAGCAAAAAAGACAAGAAGAAGAACAGAUAACACAUCUUCAUCUGAGCUGAUGAACCUGAAAGAGUUUGAUUCAGUAAGGUCACUGGAAACAAAACACUGACAAGUCCCUCAGGAGGAAGAGUAACUAAAAAAAAAAAAAAAGCCUUUGAAAGUGGACU